AAACUCUUAUAUAAUACGGUUAAAGUAGGCAGACUCAAAGGGACGGAUUAGUAGCUUAGUACUAUAUAUAGACAAGGGCCUACUAUAGUCCAUAUUUGUUAAGUCACUAAAUUAUUUACUUGGUUAACAAAAGGAGAAGGAAAACUAUGGCUCAAAUAAGAAAGUUAGAAGGGCAAAUAGAGCUGAAUUGUUCAGCAGAGAAGCUAUUCAAGAUGAAUAUGGUGAAGCAAGCCAAUAUUCCAAACAUUUGUGCCAACAUGUGCAAGGUUGAAGCAUACCAAGGUGACUGGGAAAGUGUGGGCAGCACCAGAAGAUGGGACUAUGUCAUUGAUGGGAAGGCAGAGUACCUUAUUGAAAGGAUAGAAGCACAUGAUGUAGAGAACAAGAUUAUUCAUCGUAGAGCAAUUGAUGGAAAUAUAAUGAAGAAUCAUUACAAGUCAUUUGCAAGCACAUUACAAGUAAUUCCGAAGGGAAAUACAUGUUUGGUUAAAAUUAUUCUUGAAUAUGAGAAAAUGAACCAAGAUGCACCUGAACCUUAUCAUUUGCUUCACUUUGGACUUGCUAUUUUCAAAGAACUUGUCUCUCACCUUACUUAACAUUUAACACCAACUAUUAGUUCGUGCGAUUAACUCAGAACUGAUCGUGUUUUUUUGGGUUAAUAGGGAAAAUUCAUAUGAACGUAAACUUUACGAUGUUUGCUAUCUACUAUGUGUGUGUUGUAUCUUUAAUACUUUAUUAUUGAUCGUUUUAAAAUAUAAAUGUUUUAGACGAUACUUAGUGAUUUUUAAAAAUAAAAAGAAAUGACUGUAAUUUUAAGGUUGCAUAACAUGCCCAUGCAACACGUUGUAUGAAAAAGAAAUUAAAUAAAACUACAUUAUUAAUUCCA